CAGCUGCCCUCUACAUCAAGAUUUGCUGGAUGGAAGUCCAGAGGCUCACAAGGUAUCCCUGCUUACAAGGGGUUUGCCUCCAGGUUCCAGCCUUACGGGCAGCAUAUGUAUGGCCACAAGGGUGAACACCGGCAGUCUUCCCUUCGCCUGGGCUCGGAUCCAAAAAACUACCGCGGCCGGGGUCGCCCCAUGCCCCGGCGGUAAAUGUGGUAAGUCAGCCCUUUGAAGCUGGCAGGCUUCAAUACUUUGUGAAGGAAUGGAGAAAAUUAACCAAUGAUUCUCAUGUUUUGGACAUUGUUCAACAUUGCCAUCUUAACAUUCCUGUUGAUGAUAUUAGCCAUUUAUUUCAUGAAGAUAUUGAGUAUAUUUUUAGUGAGGAAGACAAGGGUAUUGUUUGCCAGGAAAUUUCUCAACUGUUGGAAAUGCAGGUCAUCAGGGAAACUAGUAGGUUUGAAGGCCAAAUUCUUUCUCCUGUUUUCUUGCGUAAGAAAAAAGAUGGCGGUGUUAGGAUGAUUCUCAACCUUGAGAAGCUUAAUACCCACAUUCCCUAUCAGCACUUUAAAAUGGAAAAUUUUGCACAGGCCAUUAGGUUGCUUAACAAAGGUGAUUACAUGGCAUCAGUUGAUCUACGACAUGCUUAUUACGCUAUCAAAAUAGCUGAGGAACAACAGCGUUUUUUGUGCUUCAAGUGGCAGGGGAGAAUUUAUCAAUUUACAUGUCUUCCUAACGGGAUUGCUGAAGGACCACGCUUGUUCACCAAAUUAAUGAAACCGGUUUAUGCAAAGUUGAGAGAGAUGGGUCAUGUCAUCACCAGUUUUAUCGAUGACACACUUAUUGCCCACAGCACCUUAAGUGGAUGUUUUGAGAGUGUAAAUGCCACAGUACAAAUGCUUAAAAAUCUUGGUUUCUGUAUUAAUGAAGAUAAAUCUCUUUUAAUACCCACCACACGUUUGGAAUAUCUGGGUAAUGUCAUUGACUCUGUUUCAAUGACGGUCACGUUACCUGAGCGUAGGAAAUGUAAACUUAUUCGCAGCUGUGAGGAACUUUAUAGUUGUGAUAAGGCUCGUAUCAGGGAUGUGGCCAGAGUAAUAGGUUUGCUAGUUGCUGCCCUCCCUGCUGUUGAGAUGGGUAAACUACAUUAUAGAAAAUUGGAAUCAGCAAAGAUCUCUGCGCUGCAGAAGGUGAAAGGUAACUUUAAUAAAUGGAUGGCAGUCACUGAUGAUAUGAGAUCAGAUCUCUCGUGGUGGUUGAACAACAUCACCCUACAAACUAGACACAUCUUUCGGAGUGGCACGGAAUUAGAUCUAUAUACUGAUGCCUCAAACUUAGGUUGGGGAGGCUCUCUGAAUGGGAGGCAGACUAAUGGAAGAUGGUCCUCUUUAGAAUCAGAUUUACAUAUUAAUGCCAAGGAACUUAGAGCCAUACUUUUGACAUUACAGUCAUUUACGGACCUCCUCAGGGGCAAACACAUUCGGGUAUUUUGUGAUAACAUGACUGCUGUUCACUAUGUCAAUGAAAUGGGGGGCACAAGAUCUGCUGUGUGUAAUGACAUUAGUUUAGAAAUUUGGGAUUGGUGUGAGAAGAAUGAGGCUUGGAUUACGUGUUCUCAUGUACCGGGCGCAGUUAAUCUCCUGGCUGACGCUGCGUCCAGGAAGUUCCAGGAUAGGCAUGAUUGGAAAUUAAAUGAGGACAUAUUUCAAGAACUAUGUACACACUUUGGGGUGCCCAGCAUCGACCUUUUUGCCUCUAGGCUCAACAAACAGGUCCCUCGCUUUUGUUCAUGGCAGCCUGACCCAGAGGCUGAAUUUCUUGAUGCAUUUUCCAUUAAUUGGUCACAGUUUGAGUUAAUUUAUGCUUUUCCCCCGUUUGCCUUAAUCGCAAGAUGCCUUCAGAAACUUCGGGCAGAGGUGGCGCGGGGAUGGUUGAUUGUGCCACUGUGGCCAUCCCAACCAUGGAUGAGUGUGCUUCUCAGGCUGCUCAUCAGGGAGCCACUUCUGUUACCGCGACGGAGGUACCUACUGCGUCACCCAUCAACACUGGAGGAACACCCAAUCAUGUCACACACCAGGCUGAUGGCCUGCCUCUUGUCCGGGAACAGCUGCGAGAACGCGGUGUAUCUUCGGCGGGCACGGACAUCAUCAUGGCUUCGUGGCGGCCCGCAACCGCGAAGCAGUAUCGACCACACAUUCAUAGGUGGCUACAGUUUUGCGAUUUGCGGAGACCUGGGAUAUCCAGCCAGUGCUCCAGCACUUGCGGAACAUGGAUCCACUGCCCACUCUCUCACUUAAAGACUUAACCCUUAAGCUUGUAAUGUUAAUGGCGCUUACCCAAGCUGCUCGGAUGCAGACCUUGCACCUAUUGUUGCUGAGCGGCAUACUAAUUAAGAAGGAUUCUAUUUCAGUCAUGUUAAGAGGACAUAUCAAACAAUGUAGGCCUGAUUUCAAUGUGAAAACUAUUACUUUCCAUGCAUAUUCUAGGGAUAGUCGGCUUUGUGUCUGUGAUACACUUAAGUUUUAUGUCGCGCAGACUGAAAAACUCCGCAGCUUUGAGAAUGAUGAUGAAAGUCUGCUUAUCAGUUUUAUCAAGCCCCACAAGGGAGUGUCGAAAGACACCUUAGCACGUUGGAUCAGGUCUGUGCUUCACUUAUCUGGCAUAGACACAGUCAAGUACUCAGCUGGUAGUGUUCGGUCUGCUGCGGCAUCAAAAGCUAAAUCCAUGAAUGUCCCCAUUAUGCAUAUCAUGGCAAAGGCUGGCUGGUCACGUGAAGCCACCUUUGCUAAAUAUUAUGACAAAGAAAUUGUCUCGAACCCAGACAUAUUUCAGGAUGCUGUUCUCAUGUAGGUUAACAUGUCUGUACAGACUGUACAAUGCUUUUCUAUG